AUGGUGGAUAGGAUCAGCAAUUUGCCAGAUGAACUUCUCUGUCAAAUCCUCUCAUUUCUUCCCACUGAAAAUGCUGUCGCCACAAGCGUUCUCUCAAAGAGGUGGAAACCACUGUGGCAUCUCGUCACCACCCUCGACUUCGACGAACGUAGUUUUCUUUUACCCGGCAGCGACAGAACCCACUCUUCCUUCUUCAACUUCGCACGCGCCGCCGUUGUCGGACGAGGUUUUCACCAACCCAUCAAAACCUUUCGCUUCCAAAGCAUGUCUCUAACUUCCGUACUCAAUUUCAGCGACAGAACCCUUCAUCCAUUUCAUGAAACCCUUGUUGUUCUCAAACUGGGUUUGAUUCGUUAUUACGCUUUUUCUCCUGUUCACCUUCCCUCCCUCAAAACCCUGCAUUUGAUGAAUGUUGGGUUUUCAGUGCGUCAACAUUUUUUAGAACUUCUUUAUGCAUGCCCAAUUCUUGAAAAUUUGCAAGUCAAGUAUUUAUACAUUGAUUACUUUUCACAUGAGGAAAACUUUAUAACUUUACCAAAGUUGACCUCGGCACAUGUUUCUACCUAUGGUUAUCAUGAUAUUCCUAUGGAAGCAUUUUGUAACGUAGAGUUUCUGCGCAUAGACAAGGUUUGCUACGGUCUUGUGUUUCCGAAUUUAAUUCAUAUGGAGCUCAUCUUGAUACAUGGAUUUUAUUGGAGCCUUCUGCUUGAUUUGCUCAAUCAUUGCCCUAAACUUCAAACUUUAGUCCUUGAAAACGUAUAUGGUUAUGACGUCGGUUGGCCUUGGCCAGACACACAUGUUGUUCCUGAGUGCCUUUCUUCACAGCUCAGGAGCCAAGCAGAGCAGAGCAGAGAGUCAUUUGAAUACAGGCAGACUAAUAGAGUUGCCCAUGCUUUGGCAGCUGAGAGUCAUUUGUGCAAAGACUGCGUAUGGUGGGGUGACCCCCCUGUGGGUAUCCUAUUACACUUGGCAGCAGAUUUUCCUAAUUAA